AUUUGCCUCCCCACGCUGCCCGCCGUGCCUCUUUCUCGCUCUGCUGCGCGUCUCGGACAGUUUUUCCAGCGGCUCCGCUUCUGUCAGACUCACCUCAGCUCGGACAUCUGCAGCACCGACCACCGGCCAUGGCUUUACGGGACACCGGCUCUCUCCUCGUCGGACUUCUGCUCCUCUUCCACACCUGGGGAGCGUGGUCCAAGGUAAUGGUGAGCAUGGAGGACAGAGUGGAGGUUUCCUUGGGACAAACGGCUCACAUCACCUGCAUGUUUACAUCGGAUGACGGCAUCGGGGGCAUGACCAUACAGUGGUCCUAUGUGACACGUUCGGGUGAAAACCAUAGGAUCUACCACCAGGACUCUCUAAUGACCAAUGUGGAACCAGGAACACCGUACACAGACCGGAUCAGCGUGACCAGCGCCGGAGACAUCGUGCUGUCAAUCAGAAAUGUGAAGCUGGAAGACGAAGUGGAAUUUGUCUGCCUUGUUUCAAGUCUCACAGAUGGGAGUUCAGAGGGACGCACAAAGCUGUUGGUGUUUGAAGCACCAAGCCAACCCACGAUUGAGGGUGUGCAAACAGGAAUCUCUGUCAGCGAACAUCAUCCGUCCGUGAUUGGGUCUUGCGAAGUUAAAAAUGGAUACCCCAAGCCAAACAUCACUUGGUACAAAGGCAACACUCCACUUCACAGUUAUCAAGAUGUGGUGGACGUGAUGUCCAGAACCACCGUUGAAUCCAGUGGUCUGUACUCGGUCACGAGUGAGCUGAGAAUGAAGGUGAAGAAGGAGGACAAAGAUGCUCAAUUCUACUGCGAAGUCACCUACUUUGUUCCUGGAGAAACGAUGAUGACUGAAACCGUCCGGAUUAACAUCACUGUCAACUACCCCUCCACGGCAGUAAAUAUUUGGGUUGAGUCACCAAAGGGCCGAAUCAAGGAAGGAGACACGAUUGAGCUUCAUUGCAGUGGCAACGGGAAUCCUCAGAUAGAGUCCUUUACAAUCAAGCACUUGCUAGAUGGCAAGACUUGGGAUACCAACAUGUUGGUGCUGGAAAAUGUAACCCGUCAGAACAGCGGCGUUUACGAGUGCUCCUCUAUGGACAUGGACACCGGGGAGGAAAUCUCAGCGAAUACCUCUCUAUUUGUCAACUAUCUCAGUCGGGCUAAUGUGAUAUCAGAAAAGAAUGAGGUUUACCAAGGAGAGGAACUGAACGCCACCUGCAAUGCCGUCGCUUCUCUCAAGACAGAAACAACUUGGCUUAAGGAUGAAAAGGUGGUCGCGAAGGGUCACAUUUUGACCCUCCAAGACGCUACAUUUGACACCGCAGGGACGUAUACGUGUAAAGUGACUGUUCCUGACAUGGAGGGAAUGGAAACCAGCGGCACACUUCGUGUUUAUGUCCAGGGCCCACCAGAGAUCAUAGGGGAGGACUUCAAAGCGAUAGAGACUUUUGAGAGUACAGUUGACCUGAGCUGCAAGGUCAGAGGCUUUCCGGUUCCCGAAAUUACCUGGACCAACACUGAUGGAAAGAACAUCAGUACAACACCUCAAACCGUGACCGAGGAGAGCGCUGAAAGUGUCGUCAGCGUCAAGGUCACAUCUGACAUGACCGUUUUCUGCAACGCCACCAACGAGCACGGCACUGAGGCGGUGACCUUCAGCAUCAAAGCCAUUACACACAACAACACCACUACUACAACCACAACAGCCACAACAACCAUUUCAACAACAAUUUCCCAUGUUCCAGUCAAAACAGCAACACCUAUCCCACCCAAGAAAAUCAAGAAAGAGGGCAAUGGUGUUAUCAUUGCGGUCAUCAUUAUCUGCAUCCUUCUUCUGGCCAUUCUGGGGAGUGUGCUCUACUUCCUCUACAAAAAGGGAAAGCUCUGCGGCCGGUCCGGCAAGCAAGACCUCACCAAAGAGAAGUCCAACAAAGAUAACAUUGUGGUGGAGAUGAAGAGCGACAACACAGAGGAGGCCAUUCUCCUUGGAGUCAAUGGAGAAAAACAACCACCCAACGACCAGUAAAGGGCAUCGAGUACCUCCUCGUACAGAAGUGAGGAGGUGACUGCAGGCAAACAGACAGCUGCUCCGAUUCUUCCCUCUCAGGCUCAGACCUUCAUGCCUUCAAGCUUCCAGAUUGGCUUCUUCUUCCAGAAUAAUGUCAUGGAAACGCUCAGUUAUCUGUCAGUGAGUGUCAAGAUGGAGGACUGAGACUCAAAUUAUUCCAAAGCUGCAGCUUUUGCUCACCGUCCUUCACACCACAGCACACUGUUUCUGUUGGAAUGCAGCUCCGUCUCAUGACUCUGCUACUAAAUCUUUCACCUUCAAAAACCAAGGACAAACCUUAGCCCGCACUUCUUGUUACUGCAAGCCUUGUAUACUGCUGAUUGUCCAUAGAACAGUAAUCUGAGCACAAAGUUGACCAGGGACUGUUUUUAUACCCAACUAAGCACCACCUCAGGCAAAGCAAUCACUGAAGAGCAGCCUGAAUCAGCUCAACAAGUGUACAUAUUAUAAUCUAUGUAUAUAUUUCUUUAUUUAAAAUAACACAAUAGAAAAAAAAACAACCAAAAAGAAAUGACCAGAUAGUAUUUUUUUUUCAUUUGGAUACUCUUUAAGAGAAAGAAAGGGGAGCUUAGGUAGAUGUUGUGUUUUUACUUUUUUUUUGUCUUUUUCUUAUUUUGCUUAAGUCUGUACACUGAAAUUUUGAGGCUCCAGCAAAGCCUCACCUCUAAAGCCACUUAACAGCCUCACCAAAUGUUCACCUUUUAGCACCGAAAACAAACCUGGAGGUCAUUUAAUCCCAUAUCAAUCACAGACAUUGAUUUUUUUUCUCUACAUCUAACUCUCAGCUUUUCCACUCCCCAGCUUGUGUAUAUUAAUGAGGAUAUUUUGUGAGACGGGUGAAUAGUCUGUUCAGGAUUUGCCAUAGAACUGUUAACAUUGUUAGUAUUUCUCUCUGCAUUUUCUGACCAUCAGUUUAGUUUUGAUAUUUUACAUGUGUUUUAGUUCAACUAUUGCCAGCAGCCAAGUUACAGAUGCCUUACAAAUUACAUUGAAAGCCAUGUAGAAAACUCCACAUUUUGUACUGUUGGUUAUAUUUAAUGUUCAGUGCACUGAUUUCUUUGAGGUUAUUCUUGCAGUUGUGUUGUUGUGUUUCUCUUAUGUGAAACAGCUGUUUCUUAUACACACGUGGACAAAAUUGUUGGUACCCCUCAGUUAAUGAAUGGAAAAACCCACAAUGAUCACAGAAAUAAUUUGAAUCUGACUUAAAUUUCUGAAUAACGUGCAGCUGUAGUCACAGGGACAUCAAGCUGCUUGGAGAUGGUCUUAUAGCCUUUACUUUUAACAAGCUUGUCUAUAAUUUUCUAUCUCCUGAGACAUCUCUCUCCUUCACUUCCUCUGGUCCAUGUCUAGUGUGGUACACACCAUGUCACCAAACAGCACAGUCACUACUUUAACCCUAUAAAUAGGCCGAGUGACUGAUUAAAAGUUUGUAGACACCUGUGAUGGUAAUUAGAGGACACACUUUGAUUGAACAUGUCCCUAUGGUCACAUUAUUUUCAGUCUUCUCUAGGAAUACCAUCAUUUUUGUCCAGGCCUGUUUCUUGAGUUUAUUUUUUUUUAAAUAAUUCUGUUCAACCAUGGUUCAAAAGCAAUGUCUGAUUUUUAUUGGCUAAUUUUCAUAGAAUUUUUAUUUAUUAUUACUUUUGUCAGAUUCAAAUUAUUUCUGUGACCACGGUGGGUUUUUCUUUCAUUAACUGAGGGGUACCAGUAAUUUUGUCCGCGCGUGUGUGUGUGUGUGUGUCUGUAUGUAAAGGAAAUAUUUCUCUCACUACUUUUUUUUUUUUUAAAUGAAGGAUGAGGGAAGAACAGAUUAUUGGUCCAUGCUAAUUAUGGUUCACAGCAUGAAGUUGCCCUCGUUUUAAGGAAAAGACAGUUUUCUGUUUAAUAAGUGAAUCACUUCAUGUUUUGACUGAAACUUGAAAUAAUCUGUUGGCGCCCAGAGAGACACAGAAUCCCCCUCAGACGUGAUGCCUUAAAUUGACGACCGCUCCUCGCUUACAUGUAAUGACAACUGAUCUUCACACUGGUAACUACAGGAUGUGACGUCUGAGGAGGGGGAAUGACAGUGACUCCACAUAUGCAAAAUAAGUCUGAAGACAAUCAAGCAGCUCUGUGCAGCUGCCAUACAUACCUGCCAACCCUCUGUUAGUUUGUUUUUCUCUCUGCUGUUUUUAAGAGAUACCACUGUUAAAUGAUUUUGAGUUCUGUUAAAUGAAUUUGCAAGCCUCGGAUUUGUAAAGAGCAUUGUAAUUAAUGUCAUUCGAGACAGUCAAACCAAUUUCCCAACACAUUUAUUGUUUGUAGUUUUUGAAAAUUAUACCAAAUAAAGAUUGACUGGCAAGAGAAAAGAA